AUGCCUUGCAAUCCAUCCGCACGAGCAUCCAAGCUGAGCAUGCUUCAGGAGGGGAACAUUAUAUCCGCGUCUAACAAAGCUCGAAUAGCAGAGUACCAAAAGACUAUUCGUUAUCUACAAAUGCAAAUCGAUUUUCUGGAUCGGGAGAACAAGGUUUGGGAUUUCUGUUCUAUAGAUGAAACGUCAAUGUCAGGAGAUGGUUACUAUGCAGACAUUGACAAUUACGAGGAGUCCAAAGACAGCAAGGAGAAAACAUUGAAUGGGUUCCACGGAGAUUCAAACCACCAGAUUCAUCAGCCUGAAGAUAUCUACACAGGAGUUUUCAUGGGUAUGGAGGAGGAGCCUUGUCCGACUGAAGAGGCAUGCUCUGACAAGACCAGUUCAUCUGGUAGCAAGGCUUUAUCUAGUCAGCGGCCCUCAGGGAAAUGGCAUCGCUUGUUGAUCAAACGACUGCUGAACCGGAAGGAAAAAGAGAACCCGGGGUCAUUCUUUUAUCGAUAG